AUGUGUGUAUCCAUACAGAUAACGGUCCAGCUCGAUGAGAUCCUUCGGUACACGACUUUACUGUUUUAUCAUCUGCCUCUUAUUCCCCUCUUAGUUUGUUCUUGCAUCUCGUCUGUGCGUCCGUUUCGCAACAAUGACGAGGUUGACGGUCGUUCAGCGGGUAACACAAGCAGGACGCCGCGCCCUGCCGGUGUGGAGAGUCCCAAGGACCGGGGAGUGAACACCUUCGUCAUGAUGGCAGGCCAUCACGCCUCGAGAUCUUGUAGAACGCACCAUGCGACAACUUGCCUCCAAGUAUCACGGCAACACGUCGCAUCAAACGACCGAAGUUUCCAAAGAUUCAACCAACAAGGGGCUGUGGUGAGGUUCUCCGGUCAUGAUGGCUGGAACCCCAACAGUCACGGCCGCCACUUCAUGCAGGCGGCUCAAUUCGGCAUCCACACUCCUGCUGUCAAGGAGUUCACGUCGCACACCCAAGCAAGUCGUUCGCCAACAUGCGGCAAGCGGGCACGGCGUGAAAUUGCGGUUGCUAUAGAUCAUAUGUGA